UUGUAAAGUGUCUGAACUGAAAUUCUCCCGCUAAUUUUGUUCUUUCUUCUUCUUGUUUUUUUUUUCUCGGUUGUGGCGGUGAUUUUAUUUUUGAACGAUUUCACGAUCUUUCAGUUCCAAGAAUAAAAUGAGUGCGGAUUCCUCUAAUUCGAAACGAAGCUUCAAUUCACAUUCUUCGAAAAAUCAAAGUAAUAGCAGCAAGAAGAGGACAAGUAACCAGAAAACCCUAGGCAUGGCUUGGGGCAGCAAUUCUCUAUCUUCCUCUCGCUCCUCUUUUCGCUCUUCUCCUUUCUCUGAUUUUGGAAGUUAUAUGGUAGUGAAGAAUAGAAAGCUUCAAAAUCAGUUUGAUGCAGAGGCUUCGAAUUCUACUCGUAGCGAUUCUUCUGCGAAACCUAUUUUUCACGGGGUUUCUAUAUUUGUUGAUGGUUUCACGGUUCCAUCUAGCCAGGAGCUGCGACAAUAUAUGUUAAACCACGGUGGUCGAUUUGAGAAUUAUUUUUCAAGGCAUAGAGUCACUCAUAUCAUCUGCAGCAAUCUUCCUGACAGUAAAAUCAAGAAUCUCAGGUCAUUUAGCAGUGGACUUCCUGUAGUGAAACCUAUGUGGAUUCUAGAUUCUGUUGCUGCCAACAAACUUUUGAGUUGGGUUCCUUACCAGCUUGACCAGCUUGCUAACAAUCAACCUACAUUGUCAGCCUUCUUCACUACAAAAUGUAAUCCUGCGGAUGAGGGUGCUUUUACAAAUGCAAUUUGUGAAGUAAAACAUGAAAAUGAGGUUUUAUGUUUGAAGGAUGCAUCAAAGGAUGCAAGUUUUUCUGAAGCAGGUAAUUCUUUUGAACGGAGGAAGCAAGCUACUGAAGAAAAUGAUGAGCUUAAGUAUGAAAAUACUGAUAAAACAGUAAUUGAUGGGCCAAGUAACAGCUAUGGUGAAGAACCUGAGGAAGUAAAGGUGGUAGAACAGAGUAAUCUGCAGGAGGAGGAUGAAAGCAUGGCAAAUGACAGACUUCAGGCCUCUCCUGAACAGUCCUCUUCAUCUGUUAGUAGCCGUUGUUUUGACAAUCAUGGUAUAAGAGGAUCACCCACAUCAACAGUCAUUGGACCUUCCAAGCAUCGGCAUUCAACUCUUGGAGAUCCCAAUUUUGUGGAGAAUUACUUCAAGAAUUCAAGGCUGCAUUUCAUUGGAACCUGGAGAAAUAGAUAUCGUAACCGUUUUCCUAGUUUGUCAAAUGGAUUUACAAAGUCUCAUUCGAAUGUCUCUGCUGGUACUCAAAAGACUCCCAUUAUCCAUAUUGACAUGGGACUGUUUUUUGUCUCGGUGGUUAUCAGGAGCCAUCCUGAAUUAAAUGACAAGCCUGUAGCUGUAUGCCAUUCAGACAAUCCAAAAGGAACUGCUGAAAUCUCUUCUGCAAAUUAUCCUGCUCGAGAUUAUGGAAUUAAGGCAGGAAUGUUUGUUAGAGAUGCCAAGAGUCUAUGCCCCCAACUUGUUAUUCUCCCGUACAACUUUGAAUCAUAUGAGGAGGUUGCCGAUCAAUUCUAUAACAUCUUGCAUAAACACUGCAACAGAGUUCAGGCUGUCAGCUGCGAUGAAGCAUUUUUAGAUGUCACAGACUUAGAAGGUAAAGAUCCUCAGCUUUUAGCUUCAGCAGUACGAAAGGAAAUAUCUGAAGCUACAGGAUGCACUGCAAGUGCUGGGAUUGCAGAGAACAUGCUUAUGGCCCGUCUAGCCACUAGAACUGCUAAACCAAAUGGUCAAUGUUAUAUCCAUCCUGAGAGGGUUGAUGAGUACUUGGAUCAACUUCCAAUAAAAGUACUCCCUGGAAUAGGUCAUGUACUGGCUGAAAAAUUGAAAAAUAAAAAUGUUCGAACUUGUGGGGAGUUGCGUUUGAUUUCAAAGGACUCCCUGCAAAAGUAUUUUGGGAUUAAAACUGGUGAGAUGCUCUGGAAUUACAGUAGAGGAAUGGAUAAUCGGCUUGUUGGGAUGAUUCAGGAGAGCAAGUCUGUGGGGGCUGAAGUGAACUGGGGUGUAAGAUUCAGGGAUCUUCAACAUGCUCAGCAUUUCCUUUUAGACCUUUGCAAAGAGGUCUCGUUACGCUUGCAAGGGUGUGGGGUGCAAGGGCGUACUUUCACACUUAAGAUAAAAAAGAGAAGAAAAGAUGCUGGAGAGCCUGCAAAGUUUAUGGGCUGUGGAGACUGCGAAAACCUGAGCCAUAGCACAACGGUUCCACUUGCUACUGAUGAUAUUGAAGUGCUUCAGAGGAUUUCAAAGCAGCUCUUUGGAUCUUUCCACAUAGAUGUCAAGGACAUCCGGGGUGUUGGUUUGCAAGUUUCAAGGCUUGAAAGCGCAGAUACUUCUAGGCAAGCACCUGAAAGAAACUCUUUGAAAUCAUGGCUCAUGUCUGCAUCAGCGAGUUCAAAGCAACGAUUUGAUAUCAAUAGAAUAGCCAAAGAAUGUGUUGAUUCUGAAGGAAAGAGUGUGGGUGGAAAUUCAGGUGUGUUACGCAUUGCUUCAGUGGAGAAUUCUGUUCAUGAGACAAAUAAUGCACCCAAUGGUGAGGGGGGUUCUAACCAGAGCUCAAGUGUCCCACCUUUAUGCCACCUUGACAUGGGAGUAGUGGAGAAUCUUCCUUCAGAGCUCCUCUCAGAAUUAAAUGAAAUUUAUGAUGGAAAGCUAGUUGAAUUGAUUACCAAAAGAAAAGUACAAGGUGACAAAAGCACUGGAUCUGCAUGCUUCUUUCCUCCUGAACCAGCCCAAGUUGCAGUAGAGGAAGCAGAAAGAUCCCGUAAUUCUGCUUCUGUUUCAUUGAGAAGAACAGCAUUGGAAAUGAAGGACACACAACAUAUAUUGGAGGAACUGCGGAUGGUGCCAGACUCUGAGGCAAGACCCGAUAGUGUUGCAAUUUCCACUGCAGGACUUGAAAAUAAUGAUUUAGUGCCUUCAUCUCUGAGCCAAGUAGACACAUCUGUGUUACAGCAGCUGCCCGAGGAAUUGAGAGCUGACAUAUUUGAGGCACUUCCUGCGCACAGGAUGCCAGAAGGUACUGCCCUGGGCCCGAGGACAGAUAACAUGCAUCCUCCUUUGGGCAUCAAGACUGCUACUGACAAUCGACCUGGAUCAACUGAUUCUGGUUUGAGCAACAAUCUCUGGAUUGGAGAUCCUCCUCUUUGGGUUGAUAAGUUUAAAGUCAGCAAAUUGUCAACAUUGAAUUUUUUUGUUGACAUUUAUUACAAAGCAAAUUCAGCUCAGAGUUUAUCUUCGAUACUACAAUGCAUUAUUGCUGAAUCCCUACAUCCUUUAAAUGCAAGAUGUGAUGCUUGGAAUGAAGCUAUUCACAGCUUCAGUGAGCUUCUCAUGAAUUAUAUUAAACUGAAGAUAGUAGUAGAUAUUGAGGAGAUCUAUGUUUGUUUUCGUCUUCUAAGAAGGUUAAGUACCAAGUCACAGUUCUUCUUGGAAGUGUACAAUUUGGUCUUUCCCCACCUUCAGGCGUCUGUCGAUGAAAACUAUGGUGGAACCUUGCAUAUACCUCCAAUCAAGUAGUCCAAUAUCCAUGGGACUCUUUAAAUGUCCACAUUGAUCCUUUCAUCAGCUGGUGCAAAAUGGGCUAAUCAUGAAAGAAAUUUUCACUGCAUUUCUAUAGUGGUUGUGGUUCCAUGAUUUAUAGGUUUGAACUAAUUGAACAACAUUCCAGUGGCUUUUCUGUUUGUUCAGCUCUCCUCGUGCAUAACCACAGGUGAUUUUUCUCUUUACGGAUAACUGAAACGUGUCACUUGUCAUGCAUACGAGAUUAUGAUAUUCCAAAUAUAUGAAAAAAGUUUUAAGAAAUUGAGCAUCAUCCAUAUUGGACAAAUACCGUAUCCAAUGCUUACCGCGAUUCGGAUAAUACUCUCGUUCUUAUUCUGUUAUCCAAUUAGGCUGUUGGUAUUCUCCAUUUUUUUCCCCAAACUCGGCACCCAUUGCUUUAACUCAACUGAUCUGAACUUUUUCAUUGUUUUCUAUAGAAAUAUGAUUCUAACGAGCUUCUACCGA